ACUAGAAUGUUCUACAUAGGCGUCAUCAAUGUUUUAUAAUACUGUUUGAUGAAAGAGAUCCUGACUCACUCCUCAUCUUCGCUCGCUAUUUAACUGUGUUUAUGUAACAAAACUCACAUGGAUAAAAGAUUGAUUUAACAAUAAGGUAUGUGACAUGUAAAGAACUGAAGCAAGCUUAAUUUGGACGACGAGAUCGUCAGAUAUGAAGUCUUACUUCUAAAACAAAGAUGGAAUCAAGAGAAAGCAGAAAUCUACUUUACAUUCAGCAAAUAAUCAAUGUGGUACAAACGGAACUUGCUCAAUUUUUCAUCAAAGAAUGGAACUCUCGUUACAAAUUAACACAUGGAGAAUGGGACGAUACCAUAAAGAGUGGUAAAAAAUUUUGCACUUUAGAAUCGGGUAGGAAGUUGGAUAAAACACUAAAGUUAAAAUAUCAAGAUGGAGACACAAGUAAAUGGGACUGCACAACAUUAUUCGAUGCUAUACUUUUUUCAAAAUCGAUUAGCAGACAUCUUAAUAAAAAAACAAUAGAUGCUGUUCAUGCACUUCGUGGUGAAAGAAACAAAGACGCACAUUGGUAUGAAAGUGAAUACUCAGAUGAUGAUUUUGAUAAAAUAGUCAAUAUCAUUGAAAAAUCAUUUCAAGAUUUGAAAUUUUCUCUCGAUGAAAUCAAUAAAAUAAAAAAUCAUCGUAACAGUUUUAAUUCGUUUCAAGUUUUUCCUUCAAAACCUAAACAUUUUCUCGUUGAACGCAUCGAAUUACGAGAUAAAAUCAUAAACGAUCUUAAAAAAUUAAGGAAUGAUAACAAUAACGAACUGACAUAUUUUUACAUCACUGGUAAUCCUGGCAGUGGUAAAUCUCAACUGGCGAGACAGGUUUGUGAAAAAAUAUCGUGUGAUUGGAAAAACAAAACUUCGUUUGUAAUGACUCUCGAUGGGAAGAAUGUGGCAUCUCUUUUACAAUCUUACUGUGACCUUGGAUACCGCUUAAACUGUAACAAGUUUAUGGUUGAAAAAUUUAAAGAUGAAAAUUUUUCCGCCAAAGAGAAAGUCAAGAACCUUCGAUCGUUAGUAUCUGCUCGAUUGAAAUUCUGGCAAAAUUGGUUGAUUAUUGUCGACAACGUUGUGCAACUGAGCGAAAUUUCUUCGUUACUACCACAAGUAGGUGAUCAUAUGUGGAAAAAUGGACAACUAAUAAUAACUGUUCAGAAUACAGAUGCCGUACCUUACGAUGAAUUAUCCAGCAAACAUAUUUCUAUCAGUAAAGGAUUGAAUGACAGAGAAUGUUGUCAAUUGUUGAAUUCUUACACUAAAGAUGAAAAUGCUGAUGAUCAAUUGUUGAAUGAAGUAUCGCACGCCUUAGAUCGUCAACCGCUGUCUUUGGCUGCUACUGGUUAUUAUGUCAGUCGUGUAAACAAAGCAAACUGUUCAUUUACUUGGAAAGAAUAUUUAAAGAAAAUAUCUUUAGAAGAAGAAGAAAACAUGAGCGCCACUUUUGUUAAAUUCAACUCGGUAUAUCCUAGAAGUAUGUUACAAGCUUCACUUUUAGCUGUCAAACAAAGUGCAGAAGAAUCCUCAAUAUUAGCACUGGUUAUUAGCUUUUUUUUCUAUGAUAUCAUUUGAUCCUUUACCACGAGACAUUAUGGUUUAUUAUGUUCAACAAAAUGAUCCCAAACAAGCUGAGGAAGAUAUAUGUCUUUGUUUAGACGAAUGCUCAUUGUUCUUGCAUUCAGAAAAUAAUGACAUUAGUCUACAUCGUAUUGUUCACAAAGCAAUUAUUGAUUAUCAAUCUGAACAUUCAAAUGAAGAACAUGAAAUGGAAGCUAAUGUUGAUCAAAUAUCUGAAGCACUUUACAUGUUUAAAGAGAGAGACGACGAAAUCAAAUUAAUGCCACA